AUGGCGAUCAUUGCGUACUCCGCGAUGCGACAGAGGCGGGUGAUGGUGCAUGAGAAGCCAUACGAUGGCGAUGUGAAGGUCGAUGAACAAAGUCACCCAUCCGUAGCUGGCAAAGACGGUGUCCACAUGCUCCACAUCUUCUACAAUGGAGUCGACCACUACGACGCGUUGGUGGAGCUUGAUGGUCCUUCAGGAUUCCCGCCCGCAUGGCCACAGCCACCACCCCCAGAAUAUGUUGCAGCAGAAACCGUGCCGGAACAAGAUUCUCGGAGUGAAUUCAAUGACUCGAAGCCGAAGAAGAAGGCCGCCAGCAAAACCAAGGCCGCGCAACCUCACACGGUGAGGCCAGUUGGAGCCCAGCAAACUGCGCCGAGCGCGCCGCCGCAACCUGCCGACCCGGAAGUUGACUUGCUGCAAGAGCUGGCAAAUGGCAGCGUCGCUGAAGCAUCUUCCCACCCACACCGCGUGGUGGAGGACUUGGUCAAGGAUUUGGCUGAGCAGCGCCUGCGAGAACACCCCACUGUCCCACCAGGCGCAACGCUGGCAGAGAAGGACGCUGGCGCGUUGUGGCCGCGCGUGUUCUGCGCUUUCGAUGGCUGCUGCUGGUCCGAGCAAGACGGAACGGAAGAGGCACUGCACCACCACCUGGCAGAGGUCCACGCCACAGACUUGCAAGGAAUUGCCAAACACAUGCUCCGAGGACGCGCGGACGACGCCUUGUUCAGCAUCUAUUCGGCCGCGAUCGCAGAGAAGUGCCGCAGCCAAGCGCCGCUUGCAGGGGCAUCUCUGGAUCGCACAGCGCUCAGAUCCUUGGCAAAUGCAACGGCGGAUGAACAGGUCGAAUCUUUGGUCUGUGUGUGCUGCGGCGGGGUGUUCCCCUAUGUGCACGAGAUUCGCGACAAAGGGGAUAUCCAAUGGCGCAAGCCACUGCGCCGCCAGCGCCCAGAAGGGGAAGCGAAUUUCUUCGGCCAGAAUUUCUCGACCGUGCAUGAGCUCAUCGGCCUAGACUCGUACUUGCAGAAAUACGACAUCAUCAACACAGAAACCGGGGCCGCGGCCAUCGACGAGUUGAAGGAAAACAUGACAUCGGAAGCCGAGCGCGGCGGGUUGGCUGCUUGGCGGCGAUUGAUUGGACCAUAUAUUGCACAUUUCUUUGGUUUCCACGCACGACGGCGUAGCUACACCAAGACAGGGAUUUGCUCAAUCAAUCUAAUCUUGCGGCCUUGCGCUUUUGAGGACGAUGGCACUGCCAAAAUCUCCAAGCGGAAAGCUUGCCAUCCAGAAGCACCGGAAGUUGGCGUUGAAGCAUGGGGCGCCGCGAUGCAAAGGCAAGUUGCAUCUCAAUUUCGGCGCGAUUGGAAUUUUCCGCCUACUCUCUGGAAUUACUUAUUCCGCACCAAGAUCAACUUGCAACAGAACUCGCACAUCUUUUCUGUCCCUAAUGAGUUUGGCCCCGGCCGCCGCAUGCUCACAAAUGAGGAAAUUCAAGAAGGCACAGAGCACAUCUACCAGCUCUUGAGGUAUGUGGACAUCAAUGGGGAGGAAAAAGCUAUUGCUGGAGAUUUCACCAAGCUGCGUCACGCGCCGCACUUGUCACCUGCAGCCCUCAAAGUUUUGAGCAAUACAGAAGCAAGAACCCGCACAGUACCAGGAACCCAUGAAGUUCGCAAGACUAUGCGCUAUCAAACUCAUAGCUACCGGGUUCCAUAUGGCCUUGCUUGCUUCUUCACGUUCUCACCUUCCGAGCGCGACAGCACAAUCAUGCUGCGAAUGGCCCGGGCGCGCCAGAGUGAUCCGGCAAUCAACGACGACAAGCGCAAGGCCUUCUACCAGAGAACUCUGCCGCCCUUAGAUAUUGAUUUCCUUCGAUUAUCGCCAGAAGCGUUGGCAGAGGCCCUGCCCGAUUACGACGAGCGGAAGUCCAUCCUUGCCCGAGACCCGCUCGCCUGCCUGAACGGCUUCCUCGCGUUGGUUGGGCUGGCGUUUCGCCACAUUUUUGGCAUCAGGCUUUGCCCGCGCUGCCCUGAUUGCGCCAAUUCAAAUUGCCCCUGCACCGAUGCGUUUGGGAGCAACGCUACAGCAGCAGGCGGCGUGUUUGGUCGCUUCGACGCCGCGUUUGGCUCGCUGGAAUGCCAGAAGAGUGGCUCGUACCAUCUACAUGGCCAGUUCUUCUUACAAUGUUACCACCAAUUCAAGCCAUUGAGCGAACUGGUCAAUGAAAGUCAAGAGCAGCUGCUGGAACUGCUGCGAAAAUAUUCGGACUAUUCAGCGCACGUCACGCGCAAGGUCUACUGUGACCCCGAAUCUUGGACAGAAGAACGAGACGCAGUGGAAGCACAAUGGCCAGAAUACAGGGGCUCCAGCCUAAUGCUAAGCAGGCCUUCCUAUCAGAGCGACGCUGCCAUGCCUGCUCCAGAAUGGCUUGCCGCUUAUCUAUCCGAAGACGCCGAAGCCCUGCAGAAGCACAAGCAGCACCACGUCCAUGUACCCGACGACAACGGCAAACGGCAGCCUUUGGACCAUUGUCGAGACCCCAAGGACCACACGAAAUGCAAGAGCUUCUUUCCAAGAGAUGCCUGGCUUACAAGCGAAGCUAUCCUUAUUUGCUCUGGCUUAGCAGGGGCAAAGGGUAUGCCGUGCAAAAGUAAACGAAGCAUGGUGGGCAUGCCGUGGGGUCCAUGCAACGACCCGAACCUCAAUGGGAACCAUCCUGCUCUUCUUGCUGCUCUCCGGUGCAAUGGCGAUGUGCAAUUGCCCUUCCGCUUCCCUAUUACACCUAUCACACACAAUACUUCUUGCGACCAGCAAUGUGACCAGAAGAUGCCAAUUUGGACUUUGGUUCGGGAGGCACAGAUCAACCAAUCUGCGCAGGUUGGGUACCAAUGCGAUUAUGCCAACAAGCGCCUCAAGAUUGCUACGCGAGAAGUCAAGGAAUGGAUGAAAGGCCAAAAUGAAUUAUAUUUGGACCUCAGCGGGAAGCCUACAGGCUAUUUGGGCGCAAGAGUGAGCAAGCGCCUUGCGACCGAUCUAUUCGCUCGCGGCGUGUGCCGUGGGGCAGUGGAAUGCACGAACCUGAUCCUCAAUGCCGCGCAGAAGGACCCUACCCGCGCUGAAAGCAUCAAAACAGCGCAGCUGACCGAAAUCGCUUUGGCGUACCCGUUGCAGCUGUUGCGCGCCGUAGCGGCGCACGAGCCAUGGCCAAAGGAAGUGACCAGGGCUAUCGUAGACAAGCGCUGCGAGGCCCGAAGGGCAAUCAUUGCGUGCCCUUUCUGGACUAUGUACGGCGCACGGGGCCAGCGCGCAGAGGUGCACAUGCUGUCCGCGUGUGAGUUUGCAAGAGCGUUCGACUUUGCCUUGGCAACUCACCCACUUAGGCCGGAAGCCUAUGGGCGAGACAUUCUUAUGCCCGGCAAAUAUCACGCCAAGCUCACAGCCAAGGGCGCGGAGGCGGUCGCCCAACGCAAACAAUUGGUGGCCGGCUUGCACUAUGAAAUUCGUGAAGAAGGCGGGGCCGACUCCUCUUGGUUGCCUCUGGGGCAAAGCGAGCUCGGGCAACCUUAUCGCCGUGAUUGGGUCGUUGUGCCCCGGAAACGUCCUCACGUGCCCGUCAUCUAUGGGGCGCAAGGCAGCAAGAGCGAAGAAGACAAAGCUAUGCGCAUCCUGGUGCUGUUCUUUCCCUGGGUCAAUGACGCACGAGAUGCAUCAGCCAACGUCCCCUUUGUCGAAAAACUCUGGGUUGAUGGGGCCCGAAGCUGGCGCGAAGCCUUGUGCAUGCAUGUCCAGCGCCAUGGCUUCCCGACGGAGGAGGUGAAGCGCUUUGUCCUCAAUUUUUGUUUCGCGUAUUGCUUGCCUAGAGAACACCACCUCGUGGAUGGGUUAGUCGAGAACAGUGACAACGAAGGGGUGGAAGAUGAUGUGGUGCUCGCACUGGAUGAAGCGGAAAUGCUUGAGGCCACGCUGACGCACAUCAAAGGCAGCCGGCCAACCAAGGAAGCAGCGGGAGAUUUGGACGCAGCAGAGGCAGAACAAGACGGAAGUGGCACCACAAAGCUACAUGAUAUGACCCGGCAAAUGUUCAAAUUGUCCAAUUCGAUUUGGUUGCGACCGUCUCCAGGCGCAAGGCCAGCGCAGCUACAAUCGCCAAUUGCUUCCAAGACGAUGGACUCUGAGCAAACAAUCAAAGACCACGCUUUGGCAAAGAAGUCCGCGCAAGCUUCCAGAAACAAGGCCACAGCCCAGGCAAACAAGGGCGCUGCAGGCUUGCUGGGCGUGGCUGUAGGCGACCCACUUGUUCGAAAGCGGUGCCCCAUCACAGCGGCCUUGUUGCGAGACUGGCUUCGAAGCCCCCGUGCGCAGGAGAACACGAAUGCAGAGCAGCAUCGGUUCUUGGGCCUGGUCGUCGACCGGCUUUUGGUUGAGCACAAUUUGAUCAGCGCCGAAGAUGCGAACAAAUAUUGCCGAGAGCCAAUGCUCCACCUUUUGCAUGGGCCACCUGGCACAGGCAAGUCGCAUUGUUUGCUCUUCUUGCCCUUUGGCGGCGUCAAUGUCCUCAUGGGCGGCGAUUUCUUUCAAUUGCCUCCGCCAGAAGGUGGCUUUUUGGCUAGCGUGCCACGACAGCUUCGGGCAAGUGACGCCGCUCAACCAGACGCCUUGAAGGAGCAAGGCUUGGCGCUGCUCUGGGAGUCUACCCGGGGCGUUGUGGAGCUCUGCCAAAGAGAACGUUGCAAGGACAUAAAGCGCAACACCGCUGUAAAGACACUAGACGAGACUGCGCGUGAGCCAAAAUGUUUGAAAUGCUUGCAGAAAGCAGAAUUGCUCACCUGCGCAAGAUGCAACGUGUCCAAGCACAUCAACGAGUUCGAGCCCGUCAUGGCCACUAUGCCCGCGGCCUUCGUUGCGUGCACAGCUUGCCAAGCGCAUUUCAAGAAGCACCCUCACACCUAUCAUGGCUGGUUCACUUGCCGCGCUUGCAACCACAUCUUCAGCUGCGAGGCACAAAACAACAAGACGAAGCGCCAGCGACAAUAUUGCCUCAAUUGCUCGGUGCAACGGGCUCCGCACAAGAACAACGAACAUACUUGCAGAAAGUGUAGCCGAAGAUGGCUUGAGCGACAAGCCCCGAGCAAACGCAAGCGGCUUUGCCCGGAUUGCCGGCGGAAAUGA